UUGAAAUUUCUCUGCUGUUGGCAGCCGCGCCCAAAGAUGGCGACCAAGCGUGGGGCCACUGGGAAGUCCCAUACUUCCCAGUUGCAAAACACCCUACGUCACAAAAUCACAUGCUAAUCAGACCUUAGCCCAAACACCAAUCAGAUCUAUUACAUGGCUAUGCUAACGAGGCACAGUGAGCAGCACCAACCAGCUCGGAGCGUGAGAGCUAUAUAAGCUAGUCUUUUCUUCCUCUCUGGGUCCUGCCCGACACACUUGUUUCACAAAGAGCUGAAGAUUAAAGCUUUCUGCAGAAGAAUCCUGCUGUUGUUGCGUGCUGUUCUUGCCGGCGAGGACGGGGCGCGCGACAAGUGGUGCCGAAACCCGGGAACCAGAACAUCACCGGCACAGGGAGGACCCUUCAGACAUCUGGAGAGGAUUCAGAACUGCAGGAUUGAAGAAAACCCGGAGUGGGUGAAGAAAACCCCUUCUGGAUCCCAGAGCGCCUGACAAGGAAGGUCCUAGACAAAGGAGAUGACCUCUCUAUACCUGCUGAUCCUGCUCCUGUCACUGGAAACCCCGACUCAGGGAGUAUUGAGAUGGGGAAUAUUGUCUGCCUUUCCUAAGCCUAUGCCCGUCCGCUUCAAUGCAGCGGUUUUUCCACGUUUUUUCACUACCAACUCGAGCAUAAACCUGCCAUACCUAGCUAAGGACACCAUAAUAGCUCCUUUGGGAGAGAACCGGUCCUUUGUAACCAGCGGAUCGUUAUGUUUUACCACUAAAAAUCUAACCAACUGCAUCUCCCUAAAACAGAGAAAAUAUGGCUGGUUCAGUGACCCGAUAACAGGGCUCGGGCCUUCGGGGAACCUAACGAGCCCCCAGAAUGUUCUCUGGAUCAAUGGUACAUUUGUAGAGUCCCCUGAGGGUAUAACCCACGCCUCCAAAGAGACUGGAGGAUCAACCAUAUCUGCACCCCCUGUGCCUCGCCAACCCAAAUACGCCCCCCACUGCUUAGGUGACUAUGAGGGAGAACGAUGGCCCUGGACAGACUGCCAGUCAGCUGCAGUGACUUGGGCAGAUGAACGCCAUAUGUUCACUGUCUCCCCAGAUAUGACCGAAAAAAGAAGUUGGGGAACAGCUCUGGUAAAAGAUAGCAAUUACUCCCAGCCUAUGAACAGGAAUCCUUUUCACAAGUGGAUGCUGUGUGGCGUUAAUGGCUCUUGUACAGACCUGUCCCCACUAUCCGCCCUUUUGGGUGGAGGGAUAGGCCUCCGCUACAACAUUACCUAUCAGUGCACGAUUGACUCAUCCUCUUCAGCCCCCACCACCACUUCGUGUUAUCCGGCCAAUUCUACGCAGACAGAACCCCCCGGUUCCAAAUACCCUCCAGCUCCAGUAUGCCUUUCCCCUCCAUUCCUGUUUAUCUUAUCCAAUGACAGUUUUAACCCCUGUUCCAAUACCUCCUGUUUUCUGUCUCAAUGCUGGGAUGCGCUAAAUUUUACUAAUGCCUUAGUAGCCCGUAUUCCUCGUUGAGUCCCCGUCCCAGUAGACGCACCUAACACCAUGACCCUGUUUCGAGAGAAACGCGACUUCGGUGCUACAGCCGCCAUAGUGCUUCUAAUCUCCUUAACCGCCGUUGCAGCCACCGCAGCUGGCAUAGCUUUAGACACCUCUAUCAAAACAGCUACUGAACUCAAUAACCUUGCGGAAUCAGUGUCCUCUGCCCUUGAACAUCAGUCCUCGCUUGAUGGCAAGCUGAAAGGAGGAAUAAUAGUCCUCAAUCAGCGAGUAGAUCUAGUGGAAGAGCAACUAGAUGUGCUCUGGCAGUUAGCCCAAUUGGGAUGUGAGCGAAAAUUUCGCGCUCUCUGCAUUACUAGCAUUCAAUAUGAAAACUUUACGUGAGCAGCUAAUCUGUCACGAAGCCUGUCCCAGUAUCUUUCAGGAAACUGGUCCCAAGACUUUGAUGGAGCAUUGGAGGAGCUACGGCGAGAGAUAAUCCACAUCAACUCCACCCGGCUGGAUAUCUCCGUAGCAGAAGGACUCUCUUCCUGGUUUCACAGAGCCCUCUCCCACGUUAAAGAGUGGGCGGGCAUGGCUGGGAUGAGUGUAUUCAUGCUUCGAGGUCUCAUGCUCCUACUCUGGUUGUUAUGCAGGCUCCGUGCCCAACAUAGGCAAGAUAAAGUAAUCCUUGCUCAAGCCUUAAUGGCGGUAGAUAUUGGCGCCUCUCCUCAAGUAUGGCUCAACAUGCUCAAUAAAGAAGCUCAGCUUUAGCUUGAGGUAGCCCUUGCACCCUGAGCCCUUGUGGCAUUGCACCAGGCCCGGGUACCUUAUCGCUUACCUGCAGCUUCCCCUAAGAAACUCGCGGUGCAAGAGGGUCAAAGAAAAGGUCCAAGACCCUUUGUACCAGGCGGUCCCAACGUCUGCUAGGGGAUGCGAGGCAAAGCACUGCAAGAGGUUUUAGACCCCUCUGAGAGACACGCCUGACUGCAUAGGGGUAGAUGCCCAGAAACCCCUCUCCAAAAAAGAGGCAUCAAAAAAUGUUUGCUGGAGGUCAGGCCUCUGUCUCCGCCCCAGCUGACAAGUUCCGUCCUGAGUUUCUAUUAAAACAGGGGGAGAUGUUGGCAGCCACGCCCAAAGAUGGCGACCAAGCGUGGGGCCACUGGGAAGUCCCGUACUUCCCAGUUGCAAAACACCCUACGUCACAAAACCACAUGCUAAUCAGACCUUAGCCCAAACACCAAUCAGAUCUAUUACAUGGCUAUGCUAACGAGGCACAGUGAGCAGCACCAACCAGCUCAGAGCGUGAGAGCUAUAUAAGCUAGUCUUUUCUUCCUCUCUGGGUCCUGCCCGACACACUUGUUUCACAAAGAGCUGAAGAUUAAAGCUUUCUGCAGAAGAA